CAUCCAGAGACGGGCUUUAUCAUUCUGUUUCAACACUUUCAAAGUAUACAUAGAGGACAUGAAAGAGGUCAACAGACACCCCCCCACUCAUGACCCCUCCCCCUCAUAGCCACCCCAGGACUUCCGGCAAACCGGAAGAACCUUUGUUUGUGUUUGUCAAAAUGGCGGCUGGAAUGUAUCUAGAGCACUAUUUGGACAGCAUAGAGAAUCUGCCCUUUGAACUGCAGAGGAACUUCCAGCUGAUGCAAGAUCUGGACCAGAGGACAGAGGAUCUUAAAGGGCAGAUUGAUUCCCUGGCUCGUGAAUAUACAGCCAACGCUCGGACGUUGUCCUCUGAACAGAAGCUCUCACUGUUAAGACAGAUCCAGCAGUCUUAUGGAAAGUGUAAAGAGUUUGGAGAUGACAAGGUCCAGCUUGCGAUGCAAACCUAUGAGAUGGUGGACAAGCAUAUCCGAAGGUUGGAUACAGACCUGGCUCGCUUUGAGGCCGACCUCAAGGAGAAACAGAUAGAAAGCACUGAUUAUGACUCUACCUCCAGCAAGGGCAACAAGAGUGACCAUCGAGGACCCAAAAAGAAGGAGGUGACUCGCACUAGGUCAAAGGUGAAGAGCUCUGACGAUGACUGCAGCUCAAAGAGCGGACAGAAGAAGGUCAAACUCACACAAAGCUCUGAGUUUUCAACCCCGACUGUGAACUUUGGGAACGUGCACCCCUCGGAUGUGUUGGACAUGCCAGUGGACCCCAAUGAGCCCACCUAUUGCCUCUGCCACCAGGUUUCAUACGGGGAGAUGAUUGGCUGUGACAAUACAGACUGUUCUAUCGAGUGGUUCCACUUUGCCUGUGUGGGUCUGACCACCAAGCCCAGGGGGAAAUGGUACUGCCCAAGAUGUUCCCAGGAGCGGAAGAAAAAAUGAACAUGCAAAACAAGAGAAUUCACAGAGAGGGAGGUCGAGGCAGACACAGGGGUUGAAAGUGUUUUAAGGCCCUCCAUAGACACUAAUGGCGCUU